AUGGUCAAACCAACAACCUGCUGCGGUCGCGCCUCUGACGCCUGCGUCUGCGCCCAGAAAGCCACCUGCUCCUGUGGCAAGCAGUCCGCCAUGCACUGCACCUGCGACAAGUCGUCCAGCGAGAACACCGUCCAGGGUGCCAGAUGUUCAUGCAGAGCCCGUCCUGCCGGCGAAUGUACCUGCGACCGCGCCUCGACCGAGAACACUGCCCCUGCCGGAUCGACUUGCGCCUGCGGCAAACGCACUGCCGGUAGCUGUACUUGCGAAAAGGCCGCUGAUGGUGGUCUGUUGCCUGGCGAGGUUGACUUUACUACCCAGUCAUAA